GAUCACGAUUUUGAGUUGGUGUUUUUUUGCGAUCUCAUGUCUGCUGCAUGUCUGAUGAGCGACCGAGGGGUUUGAGUGAAGAAAAUGGCCGCUAAAAACAAGAUCUUGUGCUCCGUCGUUGUGGCGCUUCUUGCGCUGGGUUUCUACGAUGUUUUUGUGAAUGUUGAAGACAAUGGAUGCUCCAUGACGUACAUGUUUGAGUACCCGUCGUAUAUUGCAACCACAAUUGAUGAGAAGAUCAAGCAGAGGUUCCCUCAGUAUUCCCUGUUGCUCUAUGGAGAAGGGGACUAUAUCCAACAAUCCAGGGGUUUCAAAUUGAAGGGAAUACCAGUUCUUUUUAUUCCUGGAAAUGCUGGAAGCUACAGACAAGUUCGCUCUCUUGGAUCUGUGGCUCUGAGGAAAGCCAAGUCUCGUAAUUUUCAUUUCAAUUACUUCACCAUUGACUUCAAUGAGGAACUUACUGGAGUCUACGGAGGCACUCUGGACAAACAAACAGAGUAUGUUCAUGAAUGCAUCAAGUAUAUACUGGGUCUAUACAAGAAGAAGAAGAAUCCACCCACUAGUGUUGUGCUGGUUGGCCACUCUAUGGGUGGUGUGAUAGCAAGGGCUCUCUUUACUCUACCACGCUUCCAACGUAAUCUGGUGCAUACCAUUAUCACCCAGGCUACACCUCAUACAAACCCAGUCAUUGGGGCCGACAAGCAGCUGGUUGACUUCUAUUCCAAAGUCAAUAAGUACUGGAAGGAGCAUAUGAAAGGUGCAAGGUUGAGUGAUGUGACGGUAUUAUCUGUUAGUGGCGGACACAGAGACACCAUGGUGCGAUCUGGACUAACUUCUCUUGAGAAUAUCGUUGCUCCAAAUAGAGGUCUAAGCGUCAAUUCUAUGUCCAUUCCCAGAGUGUGGUUAUCAACUGAUCAUCUGUGCGUUGUUUGGUGUAAAGAAUUGGUUCUGGCCACAAAGAGGGCGCUCUUUCAAAUGGUUGACAGUCAGACAAAACAAAUAUCAAGUGACCCUGAGUACCGCAUGAGAGUUUUCCGUCACCAUUUCCUGACCCAUGAUGGGAGCGAAAUGUUAAAUGUAGAUGAAGCAAAAUCAAACAGCUUUGAAGAGGCUUCCUUUGAGCUUGCAACCGAAACCAUCAUAGAACCCUCGAAGAAACCCAUCCACUACCUCUUUCCAGUGGAACAGUCCGAUGAAUCGGACAAAGCUUUUGCAAUAGUUGCAGGAGUUAGCUCGGGGGAGUGGCUAUUUGUCUGUGAGGAGGGCAAUUCCACUGCAUGUUCUAAGGGGGUGGAUAUUUCCUCAAGUGCUAGGGUGAUCCCUCCUCUGAAGUCUGACAUUAUGGAGGCACUGGUUGAUUUGAAUGAGUACCCUGAUGCAAAGCAUGUUGUGGUGAAAAUACCGAGUGGACAACAGGUACCCAUUAAAGCUGAAGUUUAUAACACUAAUCAGAGAAGUGUAGAGUUCACCUUACCAGGCCCGUUCUCAUUAGGUGAUGCUAGUGUUGCUGUAGAGAUGACAGAACCAGAGGCAGUGUUCUACAGCAUCAAUAUGGUAGACUUUAAUGCAUUCCAUCUUGCAUACACAGCUAAACUUGAACCACUCAUGUGUGACUCCAAUAUUGAACAAGAUGAUAGUACAACGUUACGUCUGCACAUCUCAUGGGCAGAGGGUCAGGAUAUGUUCUCUGUUGCCGCUGCCAGCGACGUUAACAAGCUACCACUGAAGCUUCCAUCAGGCUGGCCGUCCAGUAACAAUCAGACUGCUCAACUCUAUGCAUACCUCAACCCUAAAUGUCGCUAUAGUAUCAAGAUUGUUUGGUCGCUACAGGACAAGAUGGGACAGAUCGUCAGGUUCCACGCUAACCUACUCCCCAGUUUCGUGGUGGUUGUUCUGGUGUAUACGAUCUGCUUUCAGCUCAGACAUGUGUCAAAGGACCAGGCCAUUGACUCCUUCAAUUGGAUGCAGUCUACCUAUGCUAAACCUACUGCUGUUGCACUUACUAUAAACAUGUUCCGGGGCGUUGUAAAGUACGACCCGCUUGAUUCAACAUACGAGCUUCGAUCAUUAGAAGAUAGGAACAUCUCCUUCAGCGUUCUACCCAUGGUGUUCUUCAUCUUUGGCUAUGCCAUUCUUACCAUCUUAGCUUCAAUUGUAGAGACCAAAGUGGCUUUAUGGGCACGUUUUCUGUUUAUGCUCAAAGGGACAAAGGCUGAUGAGCACCAGUUAAACCAAGGUGGUCCCACACCAUGGUUGAUGUAUGCUGUACUAGGUGGCAUCACGGCCUUGUCUGUAGCCACCUGUGGUACUCUUGGGCUGGUUGUGUUGCUUUUCUUAUAUUUCUUUAAGGUUGUUGGCUUAAAGACGAGAAUUCAAAGACUAAGUCACUGCCUCAAUAUUCAUGGAGCAGUUCCUGAACCAGAGAUCCCACCACCCAAUGAUACCAUCAAUGCUGAGACCACAAAUCACACCACCACCGAAAAUAAUGAUGCCACAUCUCCUGAUACUGAUGCGCCGGCACCUAGUGAGGAUGCCACACCGAAGAAGAAAGUGGACCCGGAUGCAGAGCCCAAGCCCAAGGACCUAAGCCCACUAGGCGUGGCCAAGGAGGCCUAUAACUUUCACUUAGCCAUCAUGAUGCUGCUAUGGUGUUUGGUUGUGUUGAAUGGACCUGCACUAGUUGUAUGGUUUAAGAAUAUCAGCCACAGUAUUCAUCUAGUCAAUGAUCCUUCUAUGGUGGUAUCAGCUGCUGUAUGUAGCAUCAUGUCAGUAUUACUAGACGGAAGGUAUACACUACCAUCAAACAGGGAGUGUUGCAAGGUGGCGUCAUGGGUGUUCCAUGGCUUAUCCAUCCUGAUGGUGUUGUAUACAUUAGAAUCAACCUACCUGCUCUCCUAUUUCAUCACUGCUGUUUUAGCAAUCUUGUCAACUCUUCAACUUUUUUAACCUACCCCUGCACCCUACCUUAUCCCGACUAGCCUGCAGUCAGGCCAGGGUGGGGGGAUGACUUCCUUCCCGUUGGCCGUGGCCCUUGGCCUCUCGGUCAUUCUCGUCUCCUGUCCCGUCUUUGCCUCUUGGCCUUGAGCCAUACAGAGCCCAAUGUCAAGGAGUUCCUUAAGCAGAGUAACUUGCAUAGCAAAAAUAAGCAGGACACUAGUUUCAAAUGGUCUGUGUGACAUGGUAGGUUGGCUGGAAAACAUACUCUGGUAAGCACAAGUAUUCUGUGCUUAGUAAUUUGUUUGUGCUAACAGACCUUAUAAAAUUGGGCUUGGGUCCUAAUUUAGUGGAGUCGUUUUGAAAAGCAGAGUAUUGUGCGAGCAAAAUUGAGAAGGAAACCAGUCACAGACAAUAUUCGUGGAAUGGUACAUGUAUUUCUGGUAUGUGUAUUCUUCUGAGCAAAACUGGAUUUUGCUUAGCUAUUUUUUGUGCUUGAGCAGCUCUAUGAAAUUGUUGACAAAGACAGGUAAAAUUGUUGUGCAAUCACUUAUUACCUCACUACUGUAUUGGAAAAGCAUCAACAAUGUUAUUUAAAAGACAAUAAGUGUACAUUCCAUGGCCCGUGUCAUGGCUCUGGUUAACUCCUUAUGAAACAAAAGGCAAGGAUUUUUUGCUUGUUUGAUUUCAUACUUCAGCUAUUAAGAUCAUUGCUUACACAGGUUAACACAACAGCAAUAACCUCUGUAACUCUGUAAACAGAGAAUGGGGACCAUAUGCGCUAAUAAAGCGGCAUGAGAAUUUGCACAGGUGUGAAAUUGUUGCUCGGUUUUGGUUUCUGUGUAUUCGACUUCAGGGUUUUAAUUUCUGUUUACAUUACUCAAGUCAGGUUCAUCACACAAACUGCCUAACUUCAUCUUCAUGUAUUAGAGAGUUAUAAAAUAAUCAGUGUCUUUUCAGAUUAGAUUAGAUUAGUUUUCAAAAAUAGAACAUUUUAAACGCACAAGUUUCAGUAAAUUUUGAAUGGUUUAUACAGCAAGGCAUUCUUGGGCCUAUCACCACAUAAUGUUGUUUUUCCUAUCAUGACAACUCCGUGAGGGAUAUUUUUAUUUUUACUGGUACAUUUCAGAAAGGCACCAAGGCAUAGUCCUAUGGCAAGGCGCAUAUUAUGGAAGCCUCCACUGUAUCUAGACUGGAAAAUAAUGUCUUGAAAUUCAAUGAAAUGAAAGUAUCAGGCCGGCAAUCAUCGUAGACAAUUUAGGGAUGUACAAGGCAUAAUUUCUCAGGGCUUUUACGAAGAUUCACCAUUGUCAAGAUGCCGAUGUGAAGAUGCAUAAAUUAUUUUUAAAAUGCAAACAUAAAGUUUCAAGUUUCUAAGUAUUAUAGGUUCAUCGUGCAGGUCUUCAAACACAUACAUUGCUCAAAAUGUAGAAAACAAAAUGAUACAUUUUAAUCAGGCCGAAUGUUUAAUUUUGGUCAAGACUUGCAGUUUAUGGCAUUCCACAGUCUAUUCACAAAUGGCACCCUCUUGUGGUUGGGUAUAAGGUCUGGGCAAUUGAAACUAAUUUGGGUAGAUUAGUGAAGAAUUAGAAAUGAAAAGGUAUUUGUCUUUCUUUAAGAAAUCUGUGAUCUUGUGUAGGUUGUAUGGUAGAACUAGAUAUUUAAUAUAAUCACUGCCAAUCAUUUAAAAAUGAAGUUAAGUUUGUAUAUCUGUAACUAUUUGAGAAAGACUUAUGGCGGACGUUUUUAACGCCUGGAAGAACUUUGGAAUUUUUGGGGAGUAUACAGCAUGUGCUGCCAAUUAUGUAGCGCACUCUGCUGACUUCGCAUUCAGAUCUCGAGUCUAAUCCACUUAACCACGUGUUAUAAAAAUUGGUGUCGUACAAUUCAUCAAACUAAAAAGUUUUGCAUUCUUUUUUUUAAAGGUAUAAGUGCUUUGAGACACCCAACGAUCAAGAAUUUGCAGAAUUUGAGUGUUGUCAUAAUAUUAUUAUUGUCAUUUGUAUUUAAUCAAACUUAUGUUACAUUUAAAGCCAUUAUACACUUUCGGUAAACAGUAUUGUCCAAGUCCCACACUUCGUGUAUCACAACUU